AUGUCGAGUAUCGUAGCCUUAGAUUCUGAAGCCAAUCCCGUCGAUUUUUCCACCAUCACCUCCUACCCCGCCCCACAUGCCUCCAUUAUAGCCAGGCCGAUUUUUCCGACACGUCCACUUCUCCCAGUCAAUCCGCCUCCCAUGGCGCUGACCUCCGCCAAUCUACCAGACUUACCGUCUCCUGAACGAGAUUCGACCAACGAGCCGUUUAUCGUUACUUCCCAUAUUAUCCCCGCUGCAUGGCCAAGGAGCACGCCAUUUGUCCAGAUCCCCUUCACGGGCGACUAUUGUGGAGCGAAGGAGGGGAAGAAGCAAGCCGCUGAAGAAAUGCAAACAUAUCUAGACAAGGUUCGAGCGGAGACCACAGCGUCGCGGACAGAGGAACACAGGUUCCAAGGACGCGAGGCGUUGCUAUGGAUUUCCGCGAAUCGCUACAUCAAGAAGGGGGCAUACAGAACCGGAAGCGGAUUGACGCUCCUCUUUGUGCACGGGAAUGGGUUCAAUAAAGAGACUUGGGAUGCAACAAUCCGUUAUAUCUUCGAGUCCACCUCGCACUUCGACAUUGCAGAAGUCUGGUCUUACGAGGCAGUUCAAACAGGCGACUCGGCGUUGCUCAACAAGGGAAAAGUAGGCGCUGUUUAUGACUGCAGGGAUAAUUCCCGCGAUAUCGUCAACUUCCUCAACAACUUCCUGGCGGAGAGCCCGUUGAAAACGCCGCCGACUCACCUACCACAGGUCAGCGCAGCGGAAUCGGACUACCGCAAGAAGUACGGAUUCAAGAAUCGCAAACUAGUUGGAAUCGGCCACUCUUUCGGCGGGUUGACUAUGACGCUGGCGGCGUUGAUCAACCCGGCGUUGUUCUCUUCUCUCAUCAACGUGGACGCGACUAUAGUCUCUCCAUUGUGCUAUGAAUUGACCAAGAAUACAUACGUCCCCGACACGGCCUUGGGAAUUCUUCUCAGGCGCGACAGAUGGGGCUCCAGGGAGGAAGCGAAGGCUUUGAUGCUUAAGAGCCCUUUUUUUGCGUCCUGGCACCCCGAUGUAUUGCAGUCUUAUGUUGACUACGGGCUUUACGCACAAUCUAUUCCCUCUUCCCCAGGGGGUGAGAAGGUGGCCAAACAACAGGUCCUGCUCAAGAUGCCGGCGGUAGAGGAAGCUGCGACGUUCGCCGACGUAACUACAUUCUACGAAGUCUGGGAGAUGAUGAAAGUCGUCGACGAAAGAAUCCCCAUGUUCUGGAUCAUGCCUAAGCCAGAGACGACGGCUUUCGGCGGUCCAGUUGAAGCUCAGAUACGUGUCUGGCGCCGCAGAAAGAACACAUCGAACGUCAUCAUCAACACCGAUGGUCACUUUGUACCCCAACAAGCUCCCGGAGAAUGCGCGGACGCAAUCAUGGGUUUCCUGCAUAAGCAAUACUAUAGCAGUAAAGCAAAGUUGUGA